CAGCACCUUUGCUGCACCGACCACCAUCAGCAGUCAGUUGCAUACCUUGAAGACCGAGGUCCAGUAGUUGCAGUCGACGAACGCGGAUGACAAUCCGAAGAUGUACAAGAUGCCAACUUUUCAACUGGAUAAGUUCGACGACUACACACAGCAGGAUCCGGUCCUCUGGUGGGAGGCAUUCGCGACACAACUCAGGCUUCUGCCUGUCGCCAAGCAUGUGUACAUCGGCGCCCUGUUCCUGAACUCAAAGGGCGGAUGCCAGACCUGGUUGAGCCACCUGGCAACCUCCCACGGCGUCGACGUACCGGACUUGAAGGACAAAAUCACAUGGGAGGAACUUACACGGUUGUGGAAGAAGCGGUUCAUCGUCGACGACUCGCCGACACUCGCCAUCAACCGUCUGUUCACCAUGUCACAGGGCAACACUGCAACAAGGGAUUGGCUCACGGAGUGGAAGAAGAUUGAGGCGGUGCCCAAUCUGGAAUUGGCAUUCACGCAUCUACGCUGUGAGUUCUACAACAGGUCCUGUGCGGCAUUGCGCCAGGCUCUUGGUGAUCGCGAGCACUACUCCACUUUCGCCGAGAUUAUCGACAAAGCGAGAGAGAUCAUCAAGACCAAUAGGUCAGCUGCACACGACAAAUCAACAUGGCAACCGACCUAUGUGGAGAAGGUACGAACUGGUCCGCGACAGCAGCACUUCGCUGCACUCAAGUCGGACAGUGGAGAUAACCCAGCAGCCACUCCUGCAUCAAGUGACGGAGAUGAGGUGGCUGCUGUCCAGCCGCGAAGCAACAACAAGUCCCACAACAAUGGGAAGGCGAAAUCCGCAUCGCAGGCCGAAAAUGGACAGCCAGUACAAGUUCCAUGGGUCGAGUUCGGCUUGACCGAGGCAGAGUACAAGGUCCGCGACCGCUACGGCAGGGCUGGACCAACCGCUCCACGUGCAACAACACAUCGCAUGCCAGUUUCAUCACCAUCGGCAACCGAUUCGGUACCUUUGCCGCAAUCUAUCGCCGGGGAUUCGACGUCAUGGUCAAGACUUGAAGAGCUCGGCCCAUUGACGUUCACGGACGUCCAGUGGAUGCCCGUUCCCUCGACCGGACGACUGCCGAAAUCGCAUUGCAAUGUGCUCAUGGCACAACUGCGGGAUUACUUGCACACUGCAGUACCAGCUCCGUUGAUGGACGCCGGAGUGGAGGUUGUCGACCUUCACGCUUACAUUGCGAAGAUCGACCGCGAGUUCAAGAYGCAAUGGUACGACGAUAUCGACGCACCAUUGCUAUAUGUACGCAUUCAGAUCGGAGAGGCGACCUGCAACGCCUUGAUCGAUUACGGAGCAUCUCGCAACUACAUCAGCCAGGACUUCAUGGUGCGCGUCGGCCUUGGCCCACGCGUCCGGAAGAAGCCCCAGCCUACGCAAGUUACAUUGGCGGACGGUCACACGCACAAGUCAAUCGACUGGUGCAUUGACAACGUCCCAAUGUACUUUGCCCCUCACGCAAGUGAGGCGGUGUCCUUUGACAUUCUGGACACCAAAUUCGACAUGAUCUUGGGCAUGUCAUGGCGGCGAAGCAAGGAUCACCCGAUGAACUUCUUCAACCGCACCGUUCACGUUCGUGACCGGAACCGAGUAUUAGUUCCAUGCACGGUGCCUCUUCCUCAUCCUUCGAUCAGCUGCCACGUGGUAUCCGCCUCAAGCAUGCGAGCUUCCAUCAUCAGAGACGAUAUCGAGGAGAUGGGGAUGUGUUUUCUCCACGCCCUCCCGCCCCAUGACGCUUCAUCGACGGACUCACCUUCGGAUCCACGCAUCACCGAGCUUCUCGACGCCAACAGCGACGUGUUCGAAGGCCCGCACGGAGUAGUGCCGGAUCGGCCCAUCCGCCACGAGAUCAUCCUCGAGGACGGGGCCGUGCCUCUGCGCGGUUGCAUCUACCGAAUGCGCGAGGAAGAGUUAAGUGUGCUCCGUGCACAACUCGACGACCUUCUAGAGAAAGGUUGGAUUCGGCCUAGCUCAUCGCAAUACGGUGCUCCUGUUCUCUUCGUCCGAAAGAAGAACAAGGACCUGCGGUUGUGCAUCGAUUAUCGCAAGCUCAACGCGCAGACAAUCAGGAACGUCGGCCCUCUCCCACGCAUCGUCGACCUUCUCGAGCGACUGGGCGGCGCCAAGUUUUUCUCCAAGUUGGAGCUCAAGUCGGGAUAUCACCAACUCGAGAUUCGCAAGGAGGACUGCUACAAGACCGCGUUUAAGACGCGAUAUGGGCAUUUCGAAUGGCUGGUUAUGCCAUUUGGCCUUACGAAUGCCCCGGCCACUUUCCAAGCGGCUAUGACAACGGAGUUCCGACACAUGCUGGAUCGAUACGUACUUGUCUACCUCGACGACAUUCUGGUCUACAGUCGGGGUUUGGAGGAGCAUGUGGAACACCUGCACACCGUUUUGGAGCGGCUACGACAAGCCAAGUACAAAGUCAACUGCGACAAGUGCGAAUUCGCACGACAGGAGCUGGAGUACUUGGGACAUUAUGUGACGCCGCAAGGCAUCCGUCCGCUUGCGGACAAGAUCGAGGCCCUACGAGUAUGGCCUGAGCCCACCAACACCACGGAUGUUCGUUCAUUAAUGGGAUUGGCGGGCUACUAUCAGCGAUUCAUCACCGGAUACUCAAGGAUUAUUGCACCUAUGACGAGGUUACAGUCGCCAAAGGUGCCAUUCUCAUUCGAUGACGACGCACGCCGGUCAUUCCAAGCACUUAAGAGAAGUUAAGACGGCCAUGCUCAUGACACUUGUCCUUAGCAUCUAUGACCCACCCUGCCGACGCGAGUGACUACGGACGCUU